GCCCCGCACGUGUCAUGUACGAGACCAUUUGCUGCGGCUGACAAUAAAACAGAGAAAGCACAAUCACCAUAAAGAAAGAAUCAACACAAGUCGGUUACUACUUAACGCAACGCAAGUUUGUUUUCACUUCAGAUCCAAUUAACACUUCUUUCGAGCAGAUCAUAACCCGAAAGGCAGCUUUGCAAAGCAGUAAUCUCAACUAACGGUCAAGGCACCCAACAGGAAAAUUCUAGAAAGUUUGAAAUGCCGAAGUCUUUCCUUUUAAAGAGACGAACUCCACAAACCCCAACGAACUCCAGUCUCAAAAUUGUUGAUUAUAAAGAAGAAGCAGUCUCGAACAGCUUUCAGUUAAAAAGAUCCUUUGAGGAACAAACCUACAGACCUCUGCACCAGGAACCCAAGCCAGAACCAAGAGAGGAAUUAUUGGUUCAGAGCUCGGUACUUCAGGGCGCAGGUUACAACACAAGGGCUUUUGUCAUGAACGACGAGCUUGUUAACCAUUCAAGUGGCCGCCAGUUCUCCAUUUUAAGCCCGUAUUACCACUUCACAGCUCCUGAGAGAUUAGCAAACGCCGUCCAUAUGCAUCCUGCCGCAAACGAACAUUUCUUCUGGAGAAAUGAGCUUAGUAUCUCUUCCACCCCAGCUUGUUGUGAUAUUUAUCAGCACGGAGUUCCUCUUGUAACUCCGCCUUCGAUUUCCAUUCCCGAGAAAGUCAAAGAGCCCUACCAGUGUGAUCAGUGCGGUAAGAUUUUCAAAACCAAAUAUACCUUAGCCAUCCAUUUAAAAAUGCCAAAUCACACUCAUGCUCGGCCCUUCGUAUGCAAUACGUGCGGUAAAGGCUUCCGAUUGUCUUCUACACUUUGCAGGCACAAGAUCAUUCACACUAAAGAAAAACCGUACAAAUGCCAUGUUUGUGAAAAAGCAUUUAAUCGCUCGUCUACACUUAAGACACAUAUCCGCACCCAUAGUGAUGAUAAAGAAUUUGUUUGUGAUCGCUGUGGCAAAGGUUUCCAUCAAAAGGGAAACCUGCGAAAUCACUUUCUCAUUCACACGGGAGAAAAGCCGUAUAAGUGCAGCUUGUGCCAGAAAGCUUUCAAUAAAUUGUCGAAUUUGAAGUUUCAUAUGCAUGUGCACACAGACAAUUCACCAUACCGAUGUAAAUUUUGCAAAGUUUCCUUUUCACGAAGAUGCGAUUUGAAAAGUCAUAUUCAGAACGCGCAUGUUGGACAGGAUGCAAACUAAAUCCUUUGCUUGUACUCUAAAGCAAGAGGAAAUCCAAACCCUUGGUGGCACCCUAAAAAGUAUUUUCUGAUCAAGGCUUUCAGGUACUCUUAAGAGAUCUUAGAUAAAAAGCAUCGCUCAAUAACCCUAGAUUUUCGUUUUGGUUUUGCAAGAAUUUUCUUUUUAUUCAAUUUGCGAAGUCGAGGAAAUGUUUUUCAGGUUUCGAAGAUACAGUUAACUUAGUUCCUAUAUGAUUUUUUUGAUAACCACUUGUAUAAUUGUAACUUAUGAAAACUGAAGGAGAGCUUGUCGAAUCUUACGAAUCGAUAACCGAACAUAAAAACUGUCUCCUAAUUCUUAAUCAUAUAAUUCUAGAAAAAACACCUUUGAAUAACACGAAUGUAUUCUUUUGUAGCAUAGGUACUUAAGGUUUUUUGUGUCAAAAAUUCGAAGAAUACACACUUAGGUUUGUACUAUGAUAUGUAAAAAAAAGGUUGUGAAGUUGCUUAAACUGUAGAUAAUUGUACAUAGCCCCAAUUUUAAAUAUUUGUAACGAUAGUUAGUUCCGAUAA